CUCCUCCGGCAGAUCAGGGUGUACCAUCCGGACCAAGCACAUCUCUGGAAAUUCUUCACAUUACAAAUAAAUCGAAAUUCUUUUGUUUGAGGCAUCGCUGUGUUUACUUUCAGAGGGCUUUUUCUCUCUUUUAUGACUUGAAUCCGCUUUUGAAUCUCAGUCUGUAUUAAAAUACGUGUCACUAUAUUGAUAUCUGUAUUUAAAUUUAUAUGUAUAUUUAACAUCCUGGUGGAAAAGAGCAGUUUUUCAAGACAAAUCGUCCGGAUAUACUUGAUUUUUUUGUGUGUGUGUGUUUUAUUUUUACACUAGAAGGGAUUUCCCAUCCUUCCUUGAAUUUCUUCAUAAGAAAUUUACAAUAUGGAGCAGCCGGUCAGCAGAACUGAGAUGAAACAUUUAGGUGUUCCUCUAGAUGAUGACAGCAGUAGCUGCAAUAGCAACGACUACACCUGCAAGAAAGUCCCCCUGGGCAGUCCGUACACCGAGAUGGAUGUAGAGAGUCAGAACUUUCUUCCUGAAGGUGGGACGAGCAAGAAGAAAAAGUAUGAGACCGAAUAUCAUCAGGGCAGCUCUUCCUUUGGCAUGUCCGUCUUCAACCUGGGUAAUGCCAUCAUGGGUAGCGGCAUCCUGGGUCUCUCCUACGCCAUGGCCAACACGGGCAUCGCCCUGUUUGUGAUUCUCCUCGUGGCUGUCGCCAUCUUCUCCUUGUAUUCUGUCCACUUGCUGCUGAAGACGGCCAAUGAAGGAGGUGCACUGGUUUAUGAGCAGCUUGGUUACAAAGCAUUUGGAAUGCCUGGAAAACUCGCCGCGUCCUGCUCCAUCACCGUGCAGAACAUCGGAGCCAUGUCAAGCUACCUCUACAUUGUGAAGUAUGAACUACCCAUCGUCAUUCAAGCCUUUAUGGGAACCAGCAAUGGAGAAUGGUACACAAACGGCGAUUACUUGAUGGUGCUGGUGACGGUCGUUAUCAUCCUGCCGCUUUCCCUUCUCAGGAACUUAGGUUACCUUGGUUACACCAGUGGGUUGUCGCUGCUGUGUAUGGUGUUCUUCCUGAUUGUGGUGAUAAUCAAGAAGUUCCAGAUCCCGUGUCCUCUGCCCAGGCUCAGUGCUCACAACGAGACCCUGAGCAAGUACAACAUAACCCUGUCACACCUCAACAGCACGGCCGUGGACUACAGCGAAGACACGUGCGCGCCCAAAUACUUUGUCUUCAACUCCCAGACCAUUUACGCCGUUCCCAUCGUGACGUUUGCCUUCGUGUGCCACCCGGCCAUCCUGCCCAUGUACGAGGAGCUGAAAGACCGUUCCCGCAGGAAGAUGCAGAGCGUGGCCAACGUUUCCUUUCUGGCCAUGUUCAUCAUGUACCUGCUGGCCGCCCUCUUUGGAUAUCUGACCUUUAAUGUGCACGUGGAGCAUGAGCUGUUGCACACCUACUCCAGGGUCUACACGUUUGAUGCUGUCCUCCUAAUCGUGCGUCUGGCCGUGCUGACUGCCGUCACCCUCACUGUCCCCGUGAUGCUCUUUCCUAUUCGAACUUCAGUUAACCAACUGAUAUGGGCCUCCAAGGAGUUCAGCUGGGUGCGCCACACCUUUGUCACGAUUGCUCUGCUGGCCGGCACCGCCACUCUGGUCAUCUUUGUGCCCACCAUCAGGGACAUCUUCGGCUUCAUCGGUUCUUCGGCUGCUGCUAUGCUCAUCUUCAUCCUCCCCUCGGCUUUCUACAUCAAACUGGUCAAGAAGGAGUCCAUAAAGUCUAUUCAGAAGAUUGGGGCCAUUGCCUUCUUCAUAUGUGGCUUCCUGGUCAUGAUUACCAGCAUGAGCCUCAUCAUCCUCGACUGGUACCACGACGCGGUGGCCAGCCCAGCCGCGCACAAAGAUGGACACUAAGCGCCUCAUCACCGGACUGCUUUGACUGCACAACCAAUGAAGACACCGAAGUUAUCGCGAAGGAAGAAGGAAAAAAAAAACCCUUGAUGCUCGGCUGUGAGCCCUGAGCAAUAGAUCACACCAUUCUAAGAGAAUGUAUCCGAACUUGCUACAGUACGCUGUUAGACCACAAAGAUGGUGUUUUACUUCUUUUAUCUUUUUAUUGUAACUUUUUUGUGUGCUUUUUUUUGUUGUUUGUUUGCUUUCCUUUGUGUACAGUAUAAAACAAAUAUUUGAAGAUAUCUCAAAUGUGGACGAGCAAAAAUCACUGUUCCGGUACGAUGGAAUAUCGGCACGAGCUUGGCUGCAAUCUCCGAGCUCGGCAAAGAGAAGAACCCGCACGAAAACAACCGCGAACCUCUCUGAGAAAGACAAGAGACAAUACUCUUGAACGUUAAUCCUGCUCAAGGACAGUUAAGUUCCUUCUGACAUUUGUCUUCUGUUUUGUUUUGUUUUUUGUUUUUUUAUUUUGCCAAGAAAAAUGUAUUUGGAAGAGAAGUUUGUAUAUUGAAAACCACUUAAUGUUCAGCACACUCGUUAAAAGUCAGAAUCACAGGCUCGGCCUUCUACGCCACCUACGCAGUAUUCCAACACGAGGCUCUUUCAUCCUAUAUUGUCUCCGCUUUCCUUGUAAAAUGUACCAUGUAGGUCAACCUGCCUUCUCGAGCCCAACACUGGGAACUGCAGAUUAUCUCAAAUGAGGACUCUUUAUAACCGUUAAUUUAUAGUUUACUGCCAAUUUUGCUGGAACGAUGUGCACACCAACUACUGCUUCAAGGCCUGCCAAGCCUCAGCGUAACGGCGGGGCAGAAAAUGAAAAAUACUUGGAAUAUGACCACAUCUUGUGGUUGUAAUGUACCUGUCAAACUUGUGUUUAAAACGUUGUAAAAACUGGAAUUGUGUGCUUUUAAAGGGGUCACAUCGUGCAAAGUCAUUUUUUGUUUAAGUUGCACAAUUCUAUAGACGCACAUGUACAAUUUCUCCUCCAGCAAAGAAAAUUUAAGCUUGAAAUUACUCAUUUUAGACGCAUGUGACAUAUGUCUCACACACACAUUACUGCUUGGUCUAUGAGACACACCCACACAGCCUGUGGGAUGUAAUAAAAUGUCAGUAUUUCUGUAGUAUGUUUAGCAACAAACUCCAAUCUUUCCAAACCCCUGGUGACCUGCUGAUAAGUUGCAUAAUAUGACCCCUUUAAAACACAGACAACCAAAUAUUUCAAUGGAAAAAGCUUUUGGAGAAUGUUGCACACAGUAUUUUUUGAGUGUUUUUACAUACGGUUGCAAGGUUUGUGCUUUUUGAAACGUUUUGUAACGAAGAACUUGAAAGCCCGUUGUGGACUCGUGUCACGUCGAGUGGUGACGGUACACUGUGCUUCCAACUUUAACACUUCAUCCAAAAUGUUACUGUGCAGCAUUGGUUUAUGGAACACCGUUAAAUCAGCGUCAUUUUAUCUAUUUUGCUAUAUUUAUAUAAUGGCGUAUGUGUAUAUAGUCAUAUGUAUAUAUAUAUAUAUAUCUAUUGAGUUUAAUGUAUAUAUAUGCUUUGUUUUGAGCUUUUUUCUACAAUGCAUUAGAGCUGGAAAACAAAAAACCCUAACUGUUGAAUUCAUGAAUGUGCACUGAUGCACGGUUCCUCUGUAGACUGGCUGAAUUAUCAUACGGUGUCUGUUCUGUUACACGUGAUGUCUUUCUGCCGCUGACCCAGCAGCAGUUGUUUUGCUUUCAACCCAGGAACACAAAAGUUCAAACGCACGUUUGGUUGGAAAGUACGUCAACUAUCUCUGGACCCUCAGGAGUAAAAUGGGGCUUUGCCCGCCAGCGUUACACUCUUGUUUCAAUGAAACACUGUAUAUCCUGUAAUUAAUGUCUUAUUAAAGUCAGAUCAUCUAUUA